ACCUCCCACCUCCCACCCCACAGCCUCCGCGUCUGCGCAGCUGCUGUCCUUGCAGCUCCAGCUCUGCAGUGCCUGGCAGGGUCUGGUUGGGAAGGGCUUUGGAUCCUGUGCCUGGGGAACAGCACAGGACACUGAAACAGAGAAGUGUAAGCCCGCCUUGGAAGCCCCACCUCCUCCUGAGGAGAUGCAGAGCCUCAGGACUGAGCAGACACAGGGACUGCUGCCCCGGGACAGCCGGGCCUGGGAGAAGCCCUGCCACCCAACCUUCCCCAAGGACUGGGAGGCUGUGGAGGUUGGGGCCUCCAGCUGUGACAGCGACGAGAAAGAUCUAUCUUCCCAAGAGACGGGGCUGUCUCAGGAAUGGAGCUCGGUAGAAGAAGAUGAUGACUCUGAUGACUCCCAGGGCUUUAUGGAGUGGUCCAAAGCUCCACAGCAGACAACCAUUGUGUUGGUAGUAUGUGUGCUGUUCUUGUUCUUGGUUUUAACCGGGAUGCCCAUGAUGCUCCACAUUUAAAUGCCACAGUAGCCACUGUAUGGAAACAUAAGCUCUGUGUCACAUUAAGGAACUCUCCUGGCUAGAAACCAGGCAUGGGUACUGAACAUUAUGAAACGCCUUUUAAACAUCCAUCGAGAUGAGUUUAUUAUUUUUUAAUUUAUUUGUUUUAAAGAUGUAUUUUUUAAUUAUGUGUCUCUUUCUCUGUCUAUAUGUGCUAUUGUGAGUGCAGUACCAGCAGAGGCCAGAAGAGGGAGUCUGAGCCCCUGCAGCUGGAGUUGUAGGCAGUUGUGAGCUGCCUGAUAUGGGUGCUGGAAGCAGAACUCUUGUUCUCUGCAGGAACAGUAAGCAUCCUUUACUAUGGAGCUAUCUCUCCAGCUUCAUGAGUUUUUCUUUUUAAAUUUUUUAAAAUAAACCUUCUCAG